CUCCUCCCACAUUUCAUUGUGCAACAGAAUAAUCAGGAUUUAAGUUCUGCAGCAGCAGGUUGGAGCUACACGUGUCCAGAGAGAACACAGGAACAUUCUGUCCAUCUCAUCGGACUUUAAGCUAAUCGAUGGGGAGACUUCCAGAGGCCCCUCUGCUUCUCCUGGUGGUGACUGUGUCCUUUCUGACUGGUCCUGAUGUCCACGCUGGAAAAAUUCUGGUAUUCCCAGUCGAUGGCAGCCACUGGGUCAACAUGAACCUGCUGAUCCAAAACCUCCAUGCCAAAGGUCACGAGGUCACAGUGGUCCGCACAGCCACUAGCUGGUACGUGAAAGAGCACGCACCUCAUUACCGCUCCAUCACUGUCACUCUGCCACAAGCCAUCGUCAUUGAGGAGGAGGAGUUCUUUGUGAACUUCCUUAUGAAGAUGCUGGAGAUCAAGAAGGAGGGAGUGUCUCCUAUUGGAUUCAUGAAGUUCUACUGGGAGAUGCUGAACGCGCUGUCGAACAUCCACCAACAGGCCAGCAGGUUGGGAGUGGAAAUCUUAGAGAACAGGACUCUGUUGCAGAGUAUUCGAGACAGUCGUUUUGAUGUGGUUCUGCUGGAUCCAGGCCUGCCAGUUGGAGUUCUGGUUGCUCACGAACUAAAGCUGCCGACAGUGUUUAAUGUGAGAUGGAUCACCAGUGGAGAAGGUCACUUUGUGGUGGCUCCAUCUCCAACGUCAUACGUUCCAACGUCUGGAUUUGCAGCAACUGACAAGAUGUGUUUUUCAGAGAGAGUGAAAAAUAUGUUGUUCUAUUUCUUAAACACCUGCAUCGAUAAGCUGGUCGUCUGCCCCCAUUACGAUAGACUUGUGGACAAAUACUUUGGUCCAGAUGUGAAGUUCUACCACCUUCUCCAAGGGGCAGACAUCUGGCUCAUGAGGGUGGACUUUGUGUUUGAGUUCCCCAGGCCGACCAUGCCAAACGUGGCCUACAUUGGUGGAUUUCAGUGUAAGCCUUCCAUUCCUUUGUCCCCGGAGCUGGAGGAGUUUGUUCAAAGUUCAGGAGAUCACGGGUUCAUUCUGAUGUCUCUGGGAACGCUGGUUAAGGGCUUACCCACAGAAAUCACUUCAGAAAUAGCUGCUGCUUUUGCCCAACUUCCUCAGAAGGUCAUAUGGAGGCACACUGGUGAGCGUCCUGGUAAUUUGGGCAACAACACCCUUCUAGUGAAGUGGAUGCCACAGAACGACCUGCUGGGUCACCCAAAGGUUAAAGCCUUUGUUGCCCACGGUGGCACAAAUGGUGUCUACGAGUCCAUUUACCAUGGCGUACCUGUCAUCGGCAUCCCCCUUCUGUUCGAUCAGUUUGAAAAUGUUUUGAGAUUAGAAGCUCGGGGAGCUGCGAGGGCUGUGGACGCCACAGCACUCACUCGGCAGAACUUUCUGGAAGCAGUGCAAGAUGUUCUUCACAAUCCCUCCUACAGAAGCAACAUGAGGCGUCUGUCUGCUCUCCAUCGGGACCAGCCACUGCGUCCUCUGGACACUGCGGUGUACUGGAUUGAGUUUGUCAUGCGGCACAAAGGAGCUGCUCAUUUACGCACAGAGUCCUAUAAGAUGCCCUGGUACUCGUAUUACUCUGUGGAUGUUUGUUGCUUUCUGUUGGCAGUCUUACUAAUUUUGAAAGCUGCGGUCGUGGGAUCGGUUUGGUUUGUUUGUUUUCGGUUGUGCAGGAGGAGAAAACCAAAGCAGGAGUGAGUCCUCACCAGAUUAGUGCCUGAACAGAAGCAGUUUAGAGUGUGUUUACCGAGCUAGAACCGUUUGUUUGUUGGCUGGGUUAUAUGUUGUUUUAAGAAGACAAACAUCCGCUCAUCAGAAACAAAAUAUCUUUAAAACAUAAGAUUUCCAUUUGCCUUUGAAAAUAACUCAGGAUAUAUCCUAAAUGUGUUUUAGACAUAUGUUGUUUUUAUUGUUUUUUUAGUUGUUCUUGUUCAGGUUUAUUCUUCACCUUCCCUCAGCUCCGCCGUCACUGCUCAUGCACACACGUCUCUCUCACCUGUAUCCGUUUAGUAAUCACCUCCAUUUUUUAUCACCCUGGCUUUGUUCUUGUGUGUCUGAUCCCCCAGUUGUAUCCUGUGGAAAGCGUCCUAGUGUCAUUUCCUGGUUUUGUUCUUGUGCUUUUGGUCAGUUUUCACAUUUUUUAUCUCUAUUUCAUGAAAUAAAUCUGAAUUUACCUG